GAGUUUUGUUGUUUCACAGCUGAAACGCAAGCCAAACAAACCAAAUGUCGAGCCACGGGUCGCUGCGAUCCCAACGGCAACCUCAUCAGCCAUCUCAGCACUCUCAUCCACCCCAACAGUCUCAGUCUCAGCAGAGUCAGUCGCAACAGCGGCUGGCGGAGGAAGUGGCGCGAUGGGCCAAUGCAGAGCUGCAGUACUCGCCCGGAUUGACCAGCGAGCAACUUGCGCCGCUCUGCCGUGGCAACAUGCAGCAUGUCUGGCAGUACCUCGUAGACCACGUUCGCUCUGAGCAGAACGCGGCCGUCGAGCGCGGCAACGCUCGCCUGAAUGCAGGCGCAAGUUUGAAUUUGGCGCCAAAUUUGAGCUCGGACGAAGCCCAGCGACGCAAGCGACUCGCGCAGCGCCGUGGGCAGCUGCAGGCCGAGAUCGCCCAGACGCGCGACCACAUUGCGCGAGUGCGGCAGGAGACGGCCGUGGUGAAGAGCAGUCUGCAGCAGUCCAGCGUCGCCGUGGAAGCGGCAAGCAGCGAGAUCAGCCAGGUCAGACAGCGCCAGGCACUGCUCGCAGGCUACUCUGCACAGGUGGAGCACAUUGCAUCGAGCAGCCGCCAAGUCAUCGCCCAGCUGGCCGAGCAACGCCAGGCCGAGCAGGCAAGGGCGGCCUCGUCCUCGUCUGAAACAGCGCUUCUGGCUCGCUCAGCCAAUACUGCCAAAGCCAGUCAUGGUAGUGGCACCAACUUUGGUGAUCAACGGGCAAGCAAUGCAAGUGCUGCCCUCGAGUCUGCUGCCACUCGCGUCGUUCGAGAAGCCUGCGCGAGAGUCGAGGAGCACCUCAUUCUCAGAGUGCAAUCUGCAUUGAAAACGAACACGGGCCUCAACAAUCAGCAUGCGACCGGAACGAUGGACGAGGCCGGUGCUCGCAACCCGGCACUCUCUGCGUCCAAAGCUCGCACCUGGCAGGCUGUCGAGUAUGCUGCAGCGCAGUUGGGCCCGAGCGCGUUGGUUCGCGGAUUGACUGGAUACGUUGCCUCUGCCAUCACUGCCGUUCAAGCUGAGACAGACUCGCUCGAUUUUGACGCAGAAGCUCAAGAGUACCGAAAACGAUUCUUAGGUGAAGAGGAUGACCUGAAACGCGAUCUUAAAGGGGUUCAUGACCGAUUGCAGGAAUUGCAAUCCAUUCACUCGAGGAUUGUACUUGAGACCAUGCAAGCACGCUUGCGGUCGGUCGCACAUGAUGCCGACACGCGCAGGUCGACGCGCGAGAUUCAAGCUCGUUUGUUGAACGCGUUUUCGGGGGAUGCGACAAUGCAAAAUCUCCUUGCAGAGUCGUAUCGACUCGACGCACACAUUGCCGGGUUGGAAUCAAAAUGUCAGUUCUUGAGGCGUGUGUUCCAGCAGCAACACGAGCAAAUCAUAUCAGGUCAACCAAUGCAAACGAAACUGGAGGAGCUGCAAGAGAACAUUGCAGACCUGACCCACUCCACGACCUCGCAUGAAUCCUUGAUACAAGCGCUGCUGGUCAAAACCAAAGCGGUUGCCCAGCAGGUGGCAGCGAAGCAGGCUGAGAUAUCUUCAUCCCACAAGGAUGCUCUGAUGCCAUCCAAGCUUGCUAUUGACCAGAGCACGCGCGAUCUACAAAACUUUGUCCAACGCGAACUUGCAGCAUUCCAAGCUCUGCCCCUCGCGCUCGUUCGGUUUUCACAGCUCCCCACGUCUCCCCGAACGCCAGUCGCUCAUCUCAGUGUGCAUCGACUGCAAGCGCACAUGAGCACAGCGUCGCUUCAAGCCGUACUGCAACAUUUGGACAUCCCAUGGUACUUUACGCCCGAACGUGUGCUCGAGCUUACCAUCGACAAGGCCAAUCAUUUGGUGGCGCUCCAAGACCGCGAGGGAGCGACUGAAAGCUCUUUACGAGCGCUUCAGCUAACAGAGCAACAGUUGCCUGGUGAUACCAUUGACGCGCUUGUUUGCCGCGCAGAAGAAUGGUUUGGACGAUGCGCACAGGACUUGACGCCCCAGCUCAAGCGUCAUUUAAUCAAGGCGCGCGAGCAUCUUCAGGCUUGCCAGCAAACACAGACGCUGAUUCAAGAGUGGUGGGAACAGCCUGCUCAGUACGCUGCUCCCUGGCUAUCGGUGGAGCAGCGCAACAUUCAGGAGUGGAGCGAGCUGUGGACCAAGCUUGCCAAUCGAUUGCGCCAGUUGAGUGGAACCAACAGCGCCGCAGGCUUGGUGACAGAUUCGCGGCAUCAAUUCGGGGCAGACAGCAGCUUUACGAAUACCAGCGUCAUGGCCACACCUGCCACCUCCAGCUCUCGGGGCUGGCCCGCGGAUCGCUCACACCACAAGUCGACCGGCCGAAAUCAGUCGUCGUCGGGCCUCGACUUUACAACGCGUUCCACACCCGCAUCACACGGCGUGAGUCGGUCGUACAUUUCAGAUUUCGCGGUCUAGUCAGAGUUGCAGCUUUCAUGUUGUCAAACAUGUCCGUUUUCAUUGCGACAUUCAACAACAGCUCGAAUGCACGCAAGAUUGGUGCCAUCCGGUCAUUGUCCCCACCCAAGUGAACUCGUGGAUUGCCGAAUACACUCAAAGAUGACCUCAAAACAAAAAAAAGCUGUAGAUUUCAGCGAAUAGAGAGAAC